UAUUGUCAACAUAUUUUGUCUGUCUCCACACAUCAGGUCCAUAAACGUUCUGGGUAUCACCACUAGUGGGCCCAGCCGGUGCUACGCUGCUGCUGCUGCAGCCUCGGUCAGGCACACAGAGGAUGAGGCCUGCCAGUCCUGUCCCGAUUAAUCCAUCAUUUGCCCGGGGCGGUUAGCAUGGUCCGGGCCAUGGAUGCACCGAUCGCGCAUUUCGACGACGACCGGCCGAACUUGGCGGACGUGACCGCGGGUUCGGUACCGCAGCACCGCCGAGCUGAGGUCAGCCCCGCCGCGGGGGAAGCGGUGGCUCUGCUCCUCCAGGAUCAAGAUGAUCCUCCAGGGCGGGCUGACAGCGACGGUUCCCCGAAGCAAUCCAGUGUGUACAGGUCCACGGAGGAACAUCUUAAUGGACCGGAUGGGAUGUUAUCGGCUUGCCUCGGAAAUGUAAAACCGGAGAGGAUCGGUCCAGUGAGUGUGUUCACGGAGGAGACCCUGCUGGAGAAAGACGAAAUCUGGAACGCCCUCGCCUGUAACUACGGCCAGGCCGUGCCGGUAGAUUGGCGGCAGUCUCGGACGCGCUCCCUCUACAUCUCCACGUUUAACCUUGAGGAGAGGCCGAGAGAGACGGACGAUGCGGCGGAGCUGUCCGACGAGGACGAACUCAGGGAACAGCUGGACAUGCACUCCAUCAUUGUCCCCUGCGUGGACCAGGAGCCCCUUGUCACGGCGGAGCAGGUAAUUGAGGAGAUCGAGGAAAUGAUGCAGGACUCACCCGAUGCGGAGGAAGAGCGGAAUCCCUCCCAGUCGGACCUGUCCAUGCUCUCUGUGGACAUCCGGCGCAGCAGUCCCGGCUUCGAGGACAGGCUGAGGUCCCUGAGCGCUACCAAGCUGCUGGAGCGUCUGACGGAGACAGAGGUGAACAUCAGGAGGUUCUCUGAGGAGCUGGUGCAGCAGCUGGCCGUCAGAGACGAGCUGGACUUCGAGAAGGAGGUGAAGAACAGUUUCAUCUCGGCGCUCAUCGACGUGCAGAACCGGCAGAAGGAGCACAGGGAGUCGUUGAGGAAGAAGAAGAAGCUGAAAGGCGGAGCCGGAGCAGCUCAGGGUCUGCCGGAGAGAACGCCUGGAUCACGCUUCAGCAUGGACGGCCUCUCGUCUGUUAUUCAAAACAGCUUCCGGCAAACAUUUGGCAGUGGCUGCAGCGAAAGACAGUAUUUGACCACAGUCAUUCCCUAUGAGAAAAAGGGACUACCUCCGUCGAUUGAAGACCUCCAGAUCCUGACCAAGAUUCUGCAAGCUAUGAGAGAUGACAGCGACAAGGUCCCUGGUCUCUUGACAGACUACAUCCUCAAUGUGUUUUGUCCGACGUAGAUGGAUUCUGAUGAUCUGCAGACAGUUAAAGUUAGAAAGAAGAGGACCUGUGAAGCACACUUAAUUUAUUCCUGAAUGUUUUACCUCUAUGUGUGAAUUUAUUGGCCCAUCUUUGAUUUACAUGUUUAAGUUUAUGAUUGUGAUUUGCAAAUAGAGUGUGUUCUUGCAGACUUUUUGACAUUUACAAGGUUUUUCUAAAGGUGUUUCUUUAUUUUUGAAGAAUUCAAUCAGAUAUUAGAUGAGUUUAUUCAGGGUAAAGCUGUAAAGCAAAGGGCUUAGUACUUAUGAAGCAUCAACUGAUCAUCUGAGCCAAGAAACAAGGACACUUUUCUAAAGAGCAAAACAUUUUGUAAGCAUGAACAAAAAGACGAAACGAGAUUAGUAUCCCAGCAUUACAAGUUGAAAGAUUAGAGAGGCGGAAAAUACAGCAAAAAGAGAUAUUUAUAAGAUUAUAAGACAAAUCUGAAGCCAGUCUGCAUCAUCGUGUGUCAACAAUCUCCUCAUUUUAUCAGGACUCUACCUCCAACACCAUCUAUAUUCAUAUAAUAUACUGAGCUGAUGGAGGUUUUACUGGCAACCAGAAACAAUCUAUGCAUUGGAGUAAAAACUGAAUCUGACCCACAAACUGUUUCGGGGACGCCGCCUGGAGCUCCGAAUCAGAGCGCACAGGAGGCGCUGCACCUCGACUCUUACUGUGUUCCUACCAGCUGCCUUUGCCUGAACUUUUCUACAUCACGGAGAGCUUAUUUUCACUGAUGAAUGUCAUGUAGAAACUCUACUUACAGAGGCCACGUUGCUAUGCUAUUUAUUUAUUUGUGUAAAUAUUGUAUCUGAAUAAUAGAACUCUUGAUAUGUUUGCUUCAUUUUACUACAGAGAAUUAAAUUAAAAUAAAAGAACGUGAUGAGGAAACAUGCUAAGUCGGGGUUU